AUGAAGGGCCUCUUCGAGAGAGUGGACUUUCUAAGGUCGCCGCUUACGAUCAGAGUCUCUCUCAUUGCCUUUGGCUGCGUCGCCUUCUUCUUCCUCGGAAAGCAUUGGUCCGGCGAGUAUCCGCAGCAGUUUGUAUUCUUCAAUAGCGGGACUCCCUCUGCAUUCACUCAUUCACCCGUCGUGGCGCUUUCUCCCAAUGCCGAAAAGAAAUUCAACGUCUCCUCCCUUAUUGACUCAGCGGAUAACCACUCCCUGACGUCGGAUCUGGUACUCCCACCGCCUCCCCCACCGCAGAGGUUCGGGAUCGUAGAUGCCAACGGGACGAUGACGGACGACUUCAAUACCGGUGAUUCAGACCCUAACGUGGAGGAGAAUUGGGGAGGUGGAGGAGGAGGAGGAGAAGGAGGAGAGAACCAGACAUACAUGGAUUCAGGGAACCCCACCGGGGCCGACGGUGGUGGGAUCAGCGUUCGGAAGUUUCCAUUGUGUCCGGAGGGAAUGAGGGAAUACAUUCCGUGCCUGGAUAACGAGGAGGACAUUAGGAAACUGGAGUCCACGGACAGAGGAGAGAAGUACGAGAGGCAUUGCCCCGGGGAGGGAAAAGGUUUGACUUGCUUGGUUCCAGCCCCUAAAGACUUCAAGUAUCCAAUUCCCUGGCCCACGAGCAGAGAUGAGGUAGCGCGUCCCUCUCCCAACCUCUUUCAAUUAAUGCAGCAUCAUUCUAAUCGCUUUGACUACAACACUUUAAAUUUUAUGCCUGAUGGUCGAUCAACACUCUGAAUGCAAGAUUUGGGAUUAGGAGUGUACAGUUGAUUCAUUCAACAUAAAAUUUCUUCCUCUGUUUAGCAGCUUGUAGGAAGAGCAGUCUCAGGAAUCUUUAGGUUUUGGUCUGUCCACAGGACUAAUGACGGUAAAAAGAUAGUCUGUUUUUCCAGCUGAGCUUUGGGACCAUGUAUUCCAGGGUAUGAUCUCAAAGUUUGACUUUUAUGAGCCGGAGAAGUUAGUUGCUCGUCUUAUGUCUUGGGAGAAUUUACCUUUCUUUUGCUUCUGCAAGGCGGCUGUAAUUUGCGGAGAUUCAUGUAACAAUAAUGCUGGAUGCUCUCUUCUUCAUGCAUAUAUUUAGACUAACGAAAUUUGUUGACUAUUAUUUUUCAUGAAGGCACAGGUGUAACCGUAACCUAAUUUUCUUCUUGUAUAGUGUAAAGAUUGGGAUUGCUUUGAACUUCUCUAUAACUUACUGCACCUAUAAUAUUUUAUAAACUUAUCUUACAUGCGUGACAAUGUCAUAUAAAAACUGACAUCAUGCUUCAUGGUUACUAUGAAUCGCAUAAAGCAUGCUAGUUUUUUUCUCUUUAUUGUGUAUGUUGCAUUAUGUACAUCAAUGGUUUCGAACGUGGACCCGCAUGCUUUUCAAUUGGUGACACUUUUUUUAUCCUUUUCAUAUUAUUUUUAGUCAUACGCAUGGGUAAUGUCAACCAUUCUUCACCAUAUAAUUGGUUUGUUUAUCCUAAUCCAGUGGAUAUUGAUAAUGUAUACAUCCCAUAGAAGAUUGUUGCUUAUUGGCACAAUUAUCAACACCAUGGAAUAGCAAUGUACAUUGUCCUGGCAUCUAACUUAACAAGAUCAUAUGCAAGAAUUUUUAUCUCAUGUUAUGUGUUUUUCUACAUAAAUCUCUGGAUGAGUAAACUUAACCAUUUUCCUGCAGAAAUCAUCUUUAAGUGAUACAAUUUCACAGAGCGGUUAAAUUUUUCGUGGACCUUAUGAAUGGCUCAUUCUUUGUUCGACAUCUUUAGUUUAACAAAUAUUGCCUUACAUUUAAACUGCAACAGAUACCCAUAGUUCUGAAAGUUUUUAAAAUAUAUAGCGGUUUUGUGGAUCUAUUUGGGUGGUUUUGCUGUAAAAGUCAAGUUUUGGUUUCUUCUAAGGUGCUGUUGGUUUUAUAUCUGUGCAGAAUGUAUAACCACUUCCUAGUUUGAAUUAUUUAAUCAGAAAAGAAUAUUGAUGACUUUUUUUGAUUGGUUUUGAUGCACUUGGAGAAAAAUAUUCACAUGUUCAAGGAGCCUGUUUUUCAGUUUGAAUUAUAAGUCGUUUGGCUUGUUGCGUGCGGUUUGGGACACCGGAAUUUCGCCACACUUAAAAAUCUCGCAACUGUGAGUGUUGAGAGAACGUAAGUUGUUCAGGAAAUUAAAAUCUGAUUGAUAAUCUGAUAUUGCAUCCAUAGUAUUAAAUCUCGGACCUUAAGCUUAGUCGACGAGUAGAUGGACUGCCUUUAGCUGCGCUGCCUAAUUUCUAGCAAAACUGAUUGGCAGGUUGAAGGAAACUACCUCAAAGUAGUAGUUAGUUGGGGUUGACGCUGCAGGUUUGAGAGGGAAACAACAUAUUAAAGUGAAACAUUAUUAAUUCUCUGGGAACCCGCCACUGUAGAUGCUUAAUAGAAAACUAAUAUGAUCGAAAUACGAUGUUCUGUUGCAUUGUCCAGAAAUUAAAGGAUAGUAUGCAUAUCUUUCUCUGCGAGAAGGUUAAAUGAAUCCAGGUGCAGAAUCAGUCAGACGAUGCUUUCAUUAAAAAAAAUCCUUUAUAAGGUCUAAGACGUUGAUCUUUCCUAGGAUAGAUCACUUCAUUUGGUAUCUCAUUGCUAGUUGCACAACUCUCCCUUCUGUAUAUCAUUUAAAUGGUGUGAAUGAAUGAUACAUCAAUAAAUAGCAUACUAGUUUUGAAAUGUUCCAUGUUUUGAGGUUGUAGGAACUGUUUUUCAGUGUGUUAGACAAAAAAACUCGUACAAUAUCUCUUUCCAACAGUUUCAUUUGUCAAACUAGAAUCUUUCAGCACUUAAAUCUCCUCCACUUUGCAACAGAUACUUGGUAAAUUGAUUUAUAGUGUUUUGAUAGGUAUGGUUUAGUAAUGUACCGCAUACACGUCUUGUUGAAGAUAAGGGUGGACAGAAUUGGAUUUAUAGGGACAACGAUAAGUUUAAAUUCCCAGGAGGUGGAACACAGUUUAUUCACGGGGCAGACAAGUACUUGGAUCAAAUAGAAGAGGUCCGUAUACUUUCAGUUUUCUUCUUUAGUUCACAAUCCAUUUUAUUAUGUCUCAUCUUUUCUUGAUUCUACAGAUGGUGCCAGACAUUUCAUUUGGUCAACAUACGAGGGUUGUCCUGGAUGUUGGAUGUGGGGUAGCUAGCUUCGGUGCUUACUUGUUUUUACGGAAUGUGAUUACUAUGUCUAUUGCCCCAAAAGAUGUGCACGAAAAUCAAAUUCAGUUUGCUCUUGAGCGUGGAGUUCCUGCAAUGGUGGCAGCAGUUGCAACUCAUCGUUUGCUGUACCCAAGUCAGGCAUUUGAUUUGAUACAUUGUUCAAGAUGUCGGAUAAAUUGGACGCGUGAUGGUAUGUUUUGAUGAAUUUUAUAACUGUGGCCAGAUGUCUUGCUGUUGGUUUGACGUCUAUCUUUUGAAGUCCAUUGAUAAAUGCCCGUAAAUAUAUAUAUUACACGCAUCUGUGGUGUUCUUUGCCAAACGACUUCAGUUUUUGUCAUGAUUUGAUAUAAAACACGCUUUUCUUUUCACCAAUUCAUAAUUGGUUUUCUCUGGAUUGUAGCCAACAGCAGUGUUUCAACAAAAUUAUGUUUUUCUAAACUAGAUACUGUCAGUGAUUUUAUCAUUUAUUUCUUCUGUGUUCUUUAUAAAUAUCUGAAUCGACAUGGAACUUUUUUAUAUCCUUUGCCUAGCGACUUGACAGUGAAUUCAUGGUCGAAGACAGUUGUUGACGCCUCCAUGCUCAAUAUUAUCAUUUUUUCCUUCUCCGUGUAUGUAUAAAUAUAUGUAUGUGUGCAUAUAUUUGUGUCAUGCUAAAUGCUCAGCACUGAUGCCGUUUUUCCUAUCGAUGUAGUAAUCUUGUUUCUGGGCAAAUUAAAAUUCUGAAAUAUCCAUUUCCCAUUUGUCCAAACCGCUUUUCCUCCUACUGCACAUGGUUGCCUAGGUGAUGUCUUGAAGAGUAUAGCUCAGUGUAGCUUAGAACAUAUGUACACUCGUAUACAAUUAAAGAUAUUUGUAACUUAGUGCAUUUUGGGUAUCGUGAGGCUUCCGGUACGAAUAUUUAGAUGAGAGUAAGAACUCGUGUUUAAGUUUUUAAGAUGUAAAUAAAGAAUGAUUAUAGAAAUCUGAUGGCGUACAUAUUUUCAUUUUCAUUAUAUGACUAUGAGUCUAGCUUGUAUGAUGUUCUAUCUUUUGAUCUGUUGGUGAGUUUGUCCCCGCUGCUCACUGGAUUUCUUUGUCUACUAAUCUUGAAGAUGGAAUAUUGCUACUCGAGGUAAACAGAUUGCUUAGGGCUGGAAGGUACUUUGUUUGGGCGGCACAGCCUGUUUACAAACAUGAAGAGUCUCAACAAGAGGCGUGGAGAGGUAAUUUCUAUUUCAAAGGAGUUUUUUUCCAGUAGUUUAUGGUGUUAUACGUCCAACUCAAUAAAGAGAAAUAAUGCCGUCACUACUUUGUUGCAUGUUUUUCACGUAUCCUGAUAUUAAUUCUCUUGUCAUCAUCACUCUCUGAAACCCUAAGUCAGCCUGAGUCAGCUUAGAGUCUUGAACAUAAAAUCUCGGAGUAUGAAAAAGGAUUUGGUGGAUCUUUAGCCUAACCUCCGACCUUCUUGAAGGGAUUUCCAUUGGACAAUGCCCAAGUCCGAUUAGAUGCUGGUUGGUCAAAGACCCUUUAUCAAGUAAAAAAAAAAAUUAAUACAACGAAUGUGAUAAAAAUCAAAUGGGCAAAAAUCUCAUGAUAACAAAGCUUGCGAUAAAAAUAGAUAGAUGACAAAACCUGAUGCUUCAAAUUUGUAUGAUGAGCAAGUGUCAAUAAUUAUCACCCGCAGUGUUCCAGAGCUCUUGUUGCAAAGUAAUAUCCUUGAGAUUGCUUUGGAGAAAAGGAACCCUUCUUGUCAUGAUCACGUAAUCUAAUUAGACUCUGCUCGUUCCCACUCAAAGUGACAUCCUCUGAUUUGAUGAGUUAUUUAAAUCGCUCUUAAACCUAUACACGUGAAAAAUAAAUGUGCUCUUUGACUGUGUCUGCUUGCUAAACCCAGAAGAUCACAUUGCCAUCUUUCUCCUUGGGCUGUAUCAUUGCCGCCUGAUACCCUCAUUUCUUAUUUUUUCCAUUGCUCAAAAAACAAUUGCUGAGCUGCACUGGGAUUAGAUGACAAUAAUCCACUAAAGGAACACAGUCCCAGACCAUUGGUAUCAUUUCAUGUCUAGGUUUCUGGUCGUCAAUUAAGAUUAUUCGCAGUCGCUCCUGCUCCGUUUUUCAUAUUCAAGCUCCUUAUGGUCGAACCGUAAUGUUUUCAUCUCUGUGACAUUUGAGGAUGUGCUUCUUUUGUUCUGCUGUCUCCUAAAGUCUGAUAGCACUACAUACAGACAUGGAGGGUCUUACUAAACGAAUGUGCUGGGAACUUGUGAAGAAGGAAGGUUAUAUUGCUAUUUGGCAGAAGCCUUUUAACAACAGUUGCUAUCUCAGUCGUGAACCUGAGACUCAACCUCCACUAUGCGAUGCUGACGAAAAUCCGGACAAAGUUUGGUAUUAUCUGAUACCUUUUUCUGUUGCAUUAUGGACGGUUGAAAGCUGUUUAAGUCGUUUUCUACUGUCCCAAUUGGUCACAUUUAACGAGCCAUUUUACAGUAGAUAUUAAUGUUUAUAUUAAUUUUCAAGUCUUUAAUGCUCUGUCUUAUGAUUUUUGGGUAUGUGGUAGAUUAUUGAUCUGCAUUGAUUCAUAUAUGUUACAAUUUAUCUCCUUGUAAAUAGUUCUAGAAGGUGAUAUCCCUUUGUCCUCUUUUGUAGGUAUGCCAAUCUGAAACCAUGCAUCAGCCGUAUCCCAGAGAAUAAAUAUGGGGCAAAUAUAACGGCAUGGCCAGCUCGCCUGCAUCACCCACCAGAUAGGCUAGAGGGUGUGGAAAUGGAUGCCUACAUGGCUAAAGAUGAGAUUUUUAUGGCAGAGGCGAGAUAUUGGACUAGUAUCAUUGAAGGCUAUGUCCGUGCCUUCCACUGGAAAAAGCUCCAACUUCGAAAUGUCAUGGACAUGAGAGCUGGAUUUGGAGGGUAUGGAUCGGUUUUAUUUUCGUUCUUUUACAAAUGUUACCUGGACAGACAUCAUUAGAUUUCAUUUCGAAUUCCUGUUUGGACAGACUUGUUCUCGCUUCUUUGUUCAUAACUAAGCAUAUUAAAGGGGAAGGUUGUUUACAAGAAAAUGAUGGUUAUUUACAUAUCAAACUAUUUCCUCACUUUUUCGAUAAGUUUCUUUGAAUUCAUGUCUUGGUUUUAACGUAGUCACAAUAAUUAACCCACGCUAAAUUUAUUUUACAAUUAUUUUGAACAAGUCUUGUUGCAGAUCACAUACUCGUGUGAUAUGAAAUAGCAGACUGGAGAAAGUUUGUGUACGUGUCUUGAUCUAACACGAACAUCUCUUUCUCUUUAAAAGGUGUAUCCGUGAAGCGCACCAUCUGGACGUGCCUUGAUGUUAUAACUGGUCUCCAAGGUUAUUUCAUUGAUAUAGACUGCAGAGAACAUGUGUUUCUCUUCUUAACGUGUGAAAAUUAUGGGGUCCCCCAUGGCUAGUUCUGCUCAGUAAUCCAUGUUUUAAAGGCAUCUUACAUCCUUUUGACAUGCCAGAUGCCUAUGUUCCUGACCGGGCCUGUCCUACUUUGUAUCUUAUUCCAGUCUUUCCAAGAUGUUGCAAGGAGUACGAUGGCCACUUUUCUGGAUAAUAUACACACAUAUAUCCCAUUUUUUGUAGGAAGACUUGUUUGAGCUUGAUGCCAAGCAAGAAAUCUGGAGACGAGCCAUUUCUAUCGAUCAUUUCUUGAUGAAUCAAAUGGCAUUCAUUCCGUUGGUUGCUGUCUACUGUUCUCUGCAGAUUUCAUCUCUACCUGUGUUCUGAAUGGGUUUAUCAUAAAAACGACAGGUUUGCAGCAGCAAUGAUUGACCUACAGAUCGAUGCGUGGGUGAUGAAUGUUGUUCCUACCAGUGGACCCAACACUCUGCCUGUGAUAUAUGACCGUGGACUUAUUGGAGCUGCUCAUGAUUGGUAUGUCGUCAUUCACCUCUGGCAUAUUUUUUUCCCCCCUCUCAGCACGAGGGUUUCCUUUUUAUGUAGAAUCUUUCUUCCAAGGGUGUAUGGCUAAGGGUUAUCUUCGUGUUCCUAUGGCUGGCUGAUUGUUCUCUCUCUCACUAAUAUGUUACCUAAUAGUUUGCGGAACAGGGAUGCCAUUUUUACUUGAUCUACAAUUGGUCAUGGGCUGAUAUUAAAUUCUAUGUUCUUUGGGACUUCAGAAGGUGGUAAAUGAAGAUUAUUUAAAUAGAUUUAAAAAUAAUAUAUGACGAUCAAGAGUAGAGACUCGUAUGAUUAAACUAUACAUAGUCAUGUGGCAGAAUACGUUCAAUUAGACCAUGCCCAACAUUGUUGACUAUUGAAUGUUAAUUUUCAAAAGAAAAAAAAAAACUGGCCUAUCUUGGUCUCGGACUAUAUAUUGGCGUCUAUAUUUGCAUCUUUUCUCUGAGACAUUUAAAAUAUUGCUCAACAGGUGCGAACCAUUUGACACAUACCCACGAAGUUAUGACCUCCUGCAGGCAUCUGGUCUCUUCUCCAGGGAACAGAAGAGGUAAAUAUUCUCCCUCCCCAAGAGAUCUCUCUAGAUUUGUUUGUUUUUUAUAAUGCGAAAAAUAGUGAUGAAGGAAUCAGCGUUGUAAUUCCUCUAUUGAUUAUACUGCACCACGUACAUGAUCUCCAGGAGAGAACAUAGCAAUCUGUCAUUUCCAAAUUUCUUAUACAUGUGGGAUUAUCCAUCUUUCCUCCAAAUUAUCUCCCAUGGUAUUGAAAGAUAAUCUUCGAUUUGUAUGUAAGUAACCAGUAUGCCAUCUUAUAGCUUAUAGGAGAAUAAUUUGUCGCCUAUUCAUAAAGUAUAGCAUAAAUAUUCACCAAUCAUUGGACUGUGGUGUCAGAGUCCUGGUGCAUCAGGCAAGAAUGUGAUGGUCAAACAUUGCCCAUCACUUGUCCAAGGGAUGUGAUGGACUCCACCCUGUCUCCUUCCUUUGAACUGUAAUAAAUAGAUUUUCCAGCUUCAAUCAAACCAACUUUGUAGCCAUCUAUCUUUGAUUUCGUCUCAUACCCAUGUUUACAAGUACCAUACAUUGGUCACCGAACCAUAAUUAUCCUCAACAAUCACCAUUUCUACUCUUCAGAAACAGCUUAUGCAUUACAUGAAAUACCUGCGCUCUUGGUUUGCAGAUGCAGGUCUUCAGUUUUUUCUCUAGAUUUUAUGGUUCUUCCUAACUGCACAAUGAUCCAGAUGAAUAACAUCAAGAUUUCGCCAACUACCAUGGUCUUCUGCAGUUUUCUAUUCUUAUUGUCAUGAUAUUUCCUUUAUUUUCUUAUUUCUUUACAUCACUAAAAUGUAAACUUUAUUCACAAAUUUAUGUUAACAUUUUUUUAAAAAAAAUCAGCAUUUACCAGCGGAUUUUGAAUAUCAUCAUAAGCGUUAGUUGGAGGAGUGGUCGGGUUCUUCAUUAAUAGAUGAUCUCCAUUAAUCGAUCAUCUGUCUCCGCCGUUCAGGUGCAACAUCACUGGGAUCCUGCUCGAGAUGGAUCGCAUCCUGAGGCCCGGCGGGCAUGUGUACAUCCGCGACGCCGCCGCCGUCGUCAGGCAGGUCCAGGAGAUCGCCGAGGCCAUGGGGUGGAGGACCGCCCUCGGGGACACCGAGGAGGGCCCCUACUCCAGCCGGCGCCAGAUGAGGUGCGAGAAGCCCCUGCGCCGCCGAUGA